AUGGUGGAUAAAGGUGAAUUGGAUGAUGAUAUUCAUUCUGGGUCGCAAAAAACAUGGAAAUAUAUGUUUGGAAAAUUUAAUUUAAGCUUAAGGAAAUCUAAAACAAGUACAAAUGCAUAUGCAAAUGAGAAUGAUGAUAAACUGGAAACAAAUGAUCGAUUUUCAAAACGAUUUAGUAAAUCAUUUAGAGAAUCUAAAAGGAAAACAAAGGAUUAUUUCACUUCAUUAAAAUAUGCCAAAGAAAUUGAAGACAAGAAUAAACAAUGUGACUUGAAAAACCCUGUAUCUUACAAAGAGAAAAAUUCAGAAAAAUGUAGUCCAUGUCUUCAACGUACAUCGCAAAAUCGGUUUAAUAAUAGUAUGAAUAAUCGCAAGCGUAAUUUUGAACUUUUGAAAAAUGCAAAAUAUCUAUUUGGAUCACAGGAAAUAUCACCAAAGACCCAGUUAGCUCAGUAUGAUGUGAAUAAAGAAUUAAUGAACAGAUUCCGAACACUUCAAAUAAAUGAACUGGAAAAAGAACCAGUUAGACGAAAAAAAGUACAUAAAACUUCAGAGAAAUGUGUACAGACGUCAUUAGUUGAGGAGAAGACUAUACCAACUGAGGAAAUGAAAGAUGUCAGUAGCGAGCCAUCACCUAGUUCACAGUCUUCAUCGGGUUACGUUUCGGAAGUCAUGAAUUUACUGAAUUCUCCAAGUUCUCCUGAAAAACCUGAAUUUUCAGACAGGAUCACUAUACAUUCGAUCAAAACUCCAGAUAAACAGCAGCAAGUUGAACCGCUCAUCACCCCAAUAAUUAAAUCUAACCAAUCCUCUGAUGUGGGAUGUUUUAAAGUACCACCGCCGCCACCGCCUCCACCUCCACCUCCGCCCAUUCUACCAGCAUUUACCACAGCUUCAAACUCUUCAGUUGUCAAUGUACCUGAAUCACCAAUGCCUUACAAUAUGAAGCCGAAAAGAACGUUUUCUGCGCCAUUUAGGCUGAAAAAGGCCUGUGUAUCUCCGUUAAGUAAAUCUCGUUUGAAAGAAAACUCCAUUUGGGUACAUAUUGAUGACAGUGAUCUACUGAGUGAAGAAUUCGUCCGUCAACUUCAUAAAAGAUUUCGGAUCAAAGGAAAUAAAGCAAUGUCAUCAGAUAGACUGGAAAUAGACUGUGGGAGUACUUUAACAUCUUUAUUCAAUACACCAAAUUCGAAAUCUAGUGUGAACUCGCGAUCAUCAAUACAGUCAAGUGCAAAUACAUCGAUAAGGAGAUCAGUACGUUUUGGAUCUCAGCGUUCUGCUUCUCGGACUCAAACUUUGGAUUUAUUGCCAGUGAAAGCAGCUCAGUCAAUAGCUAUAGCUAUGGCAUCAGCGCAUUUAAGUCCAGAAAACGUAGCUCGAGCUAUUGUUGAAUUAAAGACGACAGUUAAUUUUCGUCGCAGUAAACCCUUUUCAGAUGAAAGUUCGAAACAUAAAAGUGAAGAAAAAUCUAUCCGGUCGAUACCUGACACUUUGUUGGAUACUCUCAUCAACUUUACUCCUCAGAUGGAUAUCAUACUGAAACUAUCUGACGAUCCAGUUGAAACCUCGAACCUUAUUGAAGCAGAUAAACUCCUUUGCAUGAUCUCCCAACUUCGUCACAGGCUACCUGCUCAUCUUCAUGCUUUACGCAUGCUUCUCCGAUUUGAUACAAUUGUUGAUCAGUUAAAGCAGGCACUUUUAUCUGCGUGUACAUGUCUCUUCGAAAUAAGACAUUCUAAUUCCUUGUGUCAUGUUCUUUCAUGUGCACUAGCUUUGAUUAAUGCUUUAAACGCCACUAGACAGUGUUCAGUUCAUGAAUCCAAUCAGUUAUUAUCCGAUCACCCAAAGCUACCAGCUUCAAAUGGAUACGUAAAACGCAAACCUUUUCUCGGUUUUGAAGUUAGAAACCUAGUUCGACUGGCUGAUACUCGUGAUAUAACUAACCAAAGGAAUUUAAUCCAUUAUUUAGUAGAAUUAAUGGAACUCAAUUUUACUAAAGAAGCUCAUUCAUGGUCUAAUGAAAUGCCUACAUUAGAUGCUGCACAAAGUUUAUACUGUGCAAAAACAAUUGAAGAGAAACUAGUUGAAAUGAAACGUGAUGUUGCACGUUUAGAAAUAGAUCUAAAAGCAGUUGGUGGAGGUGCCAGUUCGAACAACACGGAAUGGGUGAUUAAAUCUAAUUCAGAUCCCAAAUCAGAUGCAUUUAAAGCAAAUUUAGCUUUUGGUUUAGUAGUGGGACAAUUUUUAGCACAUGCAUUGCAAGAAUUAAAGUUACUUAGUGAAUUACACACAACAUUCACCGAAAGAUAUAAUGAGGUUGCUAAUUAUCUUGCUUUGGAUCAAGCAAAAUAUACUGCUGAUGAACUAUUUAAUGACCUGAAAACAUUCCGAGAACUUUAUCACAAAGCCUGUACAUUUAAAUGUAACUAAAAAUUUUCAUCCCUUUUAUGUAUUUUAUAUAGUAAAUUCUUAAAGAUAAAAGUCAUUUUAUUCACUGCAUUGUGUACAAUUUCAUGUUUUUAUUUUUUUUUUAAUUUUUAAGCCUAAUGAUCACAUGUUAAUUUCCUUUGAAAUUUUAUUCAAAUAAAC